AUGAAGAUCUCUCAAGUUCUCUUAGCCGCUUUUCUUUCCUCGGCAGCUUCUGCUGCGCCUGCAGCUGCCAGCAAAUCGAUGAUGGCCGAAGACACUCAAUGGACUAUCACCCAGAUGGUCCGCAACUGCAACAGUGAGGAUACCCAGUGCACCUGGAACUUCGGCAUCGAUGCCAAUGGCUCCAACACUGGUUGCACUCUUGUAGUCAAUGGUAACCCCGCCUCGCAAGGCAACGGCGGCCCUGUCACAUGCGGAAACUACACUGUGACAUCGGGCUGGAGCGGCCAGUUUGGUGCCGGCAACGGCUUCACCACUCUCUCUGUUGUCGACCAGAAUACUCGACAGAUUAUUUGGCCUGCCUACACCGACAACCAGCUUGCGAGCGGACAGCCGGUCUCUCCCGAUCAGAGCUACACUCCUUCCAAUCUUCCUUAG